CCCCCCUGCCUGUAGGCUUUUACCCCUCCUGCUUAAUGACCCUCAUCUAUUCAGCGACCAUUUGCUCACCACUGACACACUUUCGGGACAUUUCUAGGCAUCUGUGUGUAAAAGAGCUUUCCUAAAAUUUGCCGGUGUCUGUGAGCCUCACAUCCUGUCCCAGUGCCAGCUUUAGCUCAGCAUCCAUAUUUUUCGCAUCCGUGUGGGAGAGAGAGAGAGAGAGAGGGAGAGCAAAGGGAGUGGCAGACGCUGACAAAUCUCAUGCCGGGAAGCCGACUGAGCCAUCCCUACACAGACCGACUGAAGUUCGCCGGAGCCGACUUCUUUAUAAUUCACAGGAUUUGGACUUCAUAAGUCCCGCAGGUAGAAUGGAGAGGGAUAUCCGCCAUCCUCACAUUUAGUGCCUCGACAAAAACCCUCAAUAAGCUGCGAAACUUGACGUUUCUCCAGUGGACAUAAUGAACAUGCUAAAGUCCAGUGGCUUGAAGAUCCCUGGCAGGGGUCCUAAACACUCCAGUCCAGUGGGACGAACAACUGCUGCCCCAUCAACCAGUCCUGCGGCUCAAAAAGACAAUCUUUUUCUAUUCACAGGUUGCCCCUACAAGCAGACGACUCCCACCCCCAGCAGCAACGCCUCAGACAAGUCCAGCUCCAAAGCCUCUGAGGUGGGUGAUGAGGUGGCCGGGGACUUUGUGGUUGGUGAACGUGUCUGGGUGAACGGAGUCAAGCCAGGAGUCAUCGCCUAUCUUGGAGAGACCCAGUUUUCCCCAGGACAGUGGGCUGGAGUGGUGCUGAAUGACCUGGUUGGAAAAAAUGACGGCUCUGUCAAUGGAGUGCGUUACUUCGAGUGCCAGCCUUUGCAGGGCAUCUUCACCAGGCCUUCCAAGCUCACGCGACAACCCAUCGGAGACGGGAGCGAUGAGCAGCAGCAGAACGCACAGCUGCAGGGUGGUGCGGCAGCAUCUGGUCAGCGUGUGGUCAUGCCACUCAGAGAAGGCAUGCUCAAUAGCUCCGUCAAAACCGGCAAUGAGUCAGGAUCCAACAUGUCUGACAGUGGAUCUGUGAAGAAAGGGGGAGAGAAGGACCUUAAGGUCGGAGAUCGAGUGCUGGUUGGCGGCACUAAAACAGGAGUAGUACGUUAUGUGGGAGAGACUGACUUUGCCAAGGGCGAGUGGUGUGGAGUCGAGCUGGACGAGCCGUUAGGGAAAAACGAUGGAGCUGUAGCUGGAACCAGAUAUUUCCAGUGCCCGCACAAAUUUGGCCUCUUUGCUCCAAUCCACAAGGUGAUCCGCAUUGGCUUCCCAUCCACCAGUCCAGCUAAAGCUAAGAAGAGCAAGCGUAUGGCGAUGGGUGUGUCGUCUCUGGCUCACAGCCCCUCCAGCUCCUCCAUCAGCUCUGUCAGUUCUGUGGCCUCCAGUGUGGGGGGGCGACCCAGUCGCACUGGCCUGUUGACGGAGACAUCCUCGAGGUACGCACGGAAGAUCUCGGGGACCACGGCUCUGCAGGAAGCCCUGAAGGAGAAACAGCAGCACAUAGAGCAGCUCCUGGCUGAGAGAGACCUGGAGCGGGCCGAGGUCGCCAAGGCAACCAGCCAUAUCUGCGAGGUGGAAAAAGAGCUGGCGGCACUGAAGGCCCGACAUCUGCAGUAUGCAACAGAGGCAGAGAGCAACCUACAGCAAGUCCGAGCCCUGCUAGCAAGCACACAGAAAGACAAAAUGGAACUGGCCAAUCAGCUCGAGGAAGAGAGAAGGAAGGUGGACGAUCUUCAGUUCAGAGUUGAGGAAGAGUCCAUUACCAAAGGAGACCUGGAGACUCAGACCAAACUGGAGCAUGCCCGUAUUCGGCAGCUCGAGCAGUAUCUGCAUUUGGAAAAGUCCAAAUCAGAGCGGCUUCAGAAAGAGUUAGAGGAAAAGAUGGUCAGAGGCAGGCUCCAGCCAACACCCAUGCGGCUGGGCAAGAGUGUCAAGCAAACUACAGUUGAGGAGAAGAGUCGUGUUAUGCAGCUGGAAGAAGAAUUGGCAUUGCGCAGGGCUAAGGUCGAGGAGCUCCAGGCUCAGCUUCAGAGAGGUUCCUUCGGUCCAGGCACAGACGCUGGAGACAGCGGCAUAAACUCGGAGACUCUGGUUUUGCGGGAACAGCUUCUGUCUGCAGGCCGUGAACGCCGUGAAGAGAGCAGCCUGUUGCGAGAGAGGUAUGAAGCAUCCUUGAGCAGCAGCCAGAAAGAAGUUGAACGACUUAAAGCCACAAAAGAACGUCAGGGCCAAGAGAUCUCCGACCUGAAGCAGAGACUUCAGCAGGCCACUCGUGAAAACAUGGAGAUGAUGGACAGCUGGAAAUCCAAACUUGACGCUUUGGUUGGAGACCAUCAACGUGCUCUAGAGGAACUGAAAGCCUCGCUAACAGGAGAUCGUGGGUCCAGUGAGAACAGUGGAGGAGAGGGUGAAGGAACCACACCUGAGAUGAGAGCAGCUCUGGAGAGCUUAAAGAUGGAGAAGCAACUGGAGUUAGAGAACCUCAAAGCCAAACAUGAGAUCGAUGCUGCCGUAAUGGCCAAAGAGCGUGAAGAUCUACGUGCUCGACUUCAGGAAUUACGGAAUCAGCUAGAGGAGAAUGAGGAGAACUGGAAGAUCCAGGUGGAAGCCAAGUGCAACCAGCAUACUCUGGAGCUCAAAGAGGUUUCAGAGAAGCUACAAAAGGAUGAGUUGAGGAUCAGCGAGUUGAAUAGGUCCCAAGAAGAGCAUGAAAAGGCCACCCAGCUCCUCAAAGAAGAGCUGGAGCUGGCUGAGAAGAAGAUGGUAGAUUAUGAGGCCCUGCAGAAAGCUGAGGCUCAGAGCCGAGCAGAGAUCCUCUCACUGCAAGAGAAGCUGAGAGUCAGUGAGAACCGACUGCAAGCGGUAGAGGCAGAUCACACCACCCAGGAUGUUAAUAUGAUCGAAAAGAAUGACAAUUCUGAAGAGAAGAUGAAACUAAAACAGAAUAUGGAAGAAACUCUGGAGAAACUCACAAAAAGGGAAAAAGAAGUAUCCACUCUAACAACCCAAGUAGAUGCCCUGAAGACCCAAAUAACUGCCUUGGAGGAAAAGGUUCGUUUGGGAGAGAAGGCAGCAGAUAGACUCGUUAAGGAAAAGACGCGCUUGGAGGCGGAGCUGGAGUCAAUGACCAAGAAAUCCCAUGAUGCAUCAGGCCAGCUUGUGAUUAUUAGCCAGGAGCUUCUGAAGAAAGAGAGGAGCCUGAAUGAGCUUCGGGUGUUACUGCUGGAAUCUCCGCGUCACUCUGCGGGAGUGGAUCGGGACCUCGGCCGUGAAGUCCACAGAGCCGAGUGGAGGGUGAAGGAACAGAAACUACAGGACGACAUCAAAACUCUGCGAGAGAAACUUUUGCUGCUGGGUCGGGAGAGGACAUCUCCAGACCACCGUCGGUACUCGAUGAUGGACCCAUCUGCUUCAGACACAGAGGUGGCCCGUCUGCGUCAAAGGCUGCUGAACACAGAAGAUGCCCUGAGGAACGCUCUGGAGCACAACCAACACGUGGACCAGCUAGUGCAGGCCAUGCGCACCCGACCGGACAAGAACCAGGCACAUGCUAGUGCAAAUUCUGCAAAUGGAAUCCAUCAGGAAGACGCUUCCUUCACACAAGAGGAAGAACACUGAUGAGGGCUAAAACGGUUCUCAGAUGUUUAGGGAAGAAUGGAGGUGCAUUGGGAAAGAAGAAGCCAAUUUGAUGCCUAGACCUUUGGACUAAUGCUUCACUGGACAUCUUAUUUUCAGUUUACAGUUAACACCAAAACAAUGACUUUAUAGAUGAACAAACAGAGACCACAAAUGGAAGAAUGUCUCAAAUGAUCCGAGAUGCUAUAAAAAGACAUAACGGAAGUGGUUUUUAAGGUCAGUGGUACAACACGGACAAACUGACACACCGGCCCUGUAGACUACCUCCGAGAUGGACAAUAUUGUCUGACUUAACAAACGAGAGCAUGUCGGUCAGGAUACUUGAAUCCUCGGAAAAUCCAAUAGCCUGCUAUACUCUCAGUUGGCUGUAACCGUUUGCAGUUUAGAAAACAUUUUUGGCCUCGAUUUAUACCGUUUAAUUUAUUUGCCGUCUAUGCUUUUUAAAACUGGUAUAUUCAAAGAGAGAAACUGGCCAACUUCCAGCAUAAGGUUCGAAGGUCUGGUCACUAGAUACUGUAGCAAACAAGGAAAUAAACCAGACAGGCUCCCUUAUUCCAUUCCUGCUCAGUUUUGUGUUGAUUUUCUUCAUAGAGACAUGAAUUUUAAGGUAUGAAUUAUACAGUAUUCCGCAACCAUGUUCAACAGAAUUAGCAAGUUAAGCUUCAAGAACCAGUAUUGCAGAUUCAGUCCAUAUCAGUGCAUACUUUUCUAAUAUUAUUAAAUAUUAGCAGACAAUGCCAAGUCACAUACUGAGAUUAAUUUAAAUGAACAACGAACCAACAGCUUUUGUUUCAUUUUGGAAUCAUUUGCUGAAUCAUUUCAUUCUUUUCAUUCAGUUUGGAGGAUCUUUUCUUGACACGCUUAAAAGGAGGUACUACAUGCACACGUGACAAUUUUUAGCUGAAUUUAACAAUUUUGACUUUUUCAUUGCAAUGACAUUUUGCCCAAAUGAUAUAGCUGGAUUUUCAAUUGCCUUUUUAAUUUUAUCUUUACAAAAGUGCAAAAAAGCUUGUUAAUUUACAUGCACACAACAUUUUAUUUCAUAUUUAAAAUAAAGAACUUUUUUUUUUUGUUCAUAUCCAAGUAUUUUGAUAAAAGGAAAGGAUCAACUGUAGUACCUCCCCUUAAAAGAUCAAGAAAGACUUUUUAGCGUUUUCUCUCUGAUCAGAUUUCUCUGUCCAUACACACCUUUGUAGUAACAAAUCUGAUGUUAAAACAGAAACCGUACAAAACAUAACUGCAAUCCCGUAAAUCAGUGUCUGCUCAAUGGUAUUCCAGAAUUGAUUCUCUCCUUUGAAAAACCAUGUGGAUGAAAUACUGUGCAAUUCGGUCAUGUUUGUUCAUUAGGCAACUUUAUACUGAUGCGAUUGUCAUUACAACCAAGAAAGCAUUUUCUUUUUCGAAAAGAAUAGGGAAAAUGCUAGGGCUGGCCCCAAGUUUUGCAGUUGAAAUUGCUUUAGAUUGCAGUUGGAUUCGAUAAAAAUGCCUUUUAUCUGUUGGGAAACAGUUCACUCACCACUUGCUGUAAUGGUUCCCAAGAAUCAGUAAUUAAACAUUAACAAAAGAGA